AUGAAUAUUCUCAUUCUCGUCUUCACUCUCAUCUCCCUCGUUCAAUCCAUCCCCUUCCUCCCUCCCCAUAACAAAAAGCUUCAUCUCCGCUACCCCAAUGGGUCCUGGAUAUCCCCUGGAGACGAUCUCCUCAUGCCAGAAACCGCCCCCCUCCCCCAAAUCAGCAUCAUCGGCCUAGACUGCCACAAAACCUAUCUCGUCCUCUUCAUCGACCUCGACGCUCUCCUCCAGCCCAUCGCUACCAUCACCCCCGUCCUGCACUGGUACCAACCAGACCUCAUCCCGAACUGCGUCGACCAUCCACAUCUCUUAACCAACACCAGCACGUCGGGCGCAUCGUACAUCCCCCCUCAGCCCCCACCGCACUCGCACCACCGCUACACGUAUCUCCUAUACGAACAGCCGCAGAGUUACACCUUCCCCGAGUGCUUCGGGUACAUAUUCCCCACUACGCCCGAGGGGAGGGGCGGGUUCAACGUGCGCCAGUUCAUGGACGUGGCGGGGCUGAACGGACCCGUUGCUGCGAAUUAUUUCUUCGUGAUCAAUCAGGGAGGUGUCACGGCGAGUGUGACGGCAACGACGACUUCCAUCCGGUCUGCCCCGUGUGGAAGGGCGACAGGAAAGUGGGAAUUGUAG